CGCAGGCAGAAUAACGAGAGGGAGUAAAGCAAGGAGUAGGGAGCGCUAGUGACUAUUCCUGCUCCCUGGCAGUUCCGAGAGUGCUCCUACUCAGAAUCUGAGCAUUUCGCUCCGACGAUAUCGCCGCUGACGGACGCCGACUAGAUAUGUGUGUUUGCAAGUGACAUUCAAAGCUCAAACUGAUGUAUCAUUGGCGAUUUCAGUUUUGUGGUGAAUUAAAUUUCACCUAAUGUUGUGUUUACUUGCCGUGUAACGCAUACAUAUUUGUUUACAAGUGAUGUUGCAAUGAGAGAACACACCCUUUUUGCACUUUUUAUUCACAUAACUCACUUCUCAUUAUUUGUUUACAAGUGAUGUUGAUGUUGCGAUGAGAGAACACACCCUUUUUGCAGUUUUUGUUUACAUUGCUUACUUCUCAUUCAUAAGUCUGGCAAGUUUGUCUGGCAGGCCCAGUGCGGAUGCAUCAUGGAUGACAGCUUCGAGAAGCAAAGUACGCUAGCUAGUCAAUAGCAGAGAGCUAAACUACCGAUGGAGAAAGAGAAGCUUGAAACCGUCAGUUAUAUCGUCGGUCUCCGCACGUACCGAAAUGGCCCUGCUAUCGUACAGGUGAAUCUGUUCGUACGCAGUAUUGCUACAAUAAGUGACAUCAAAAUGGAAUACAGUGUACAGUUAACCUUUAGAGAGCAAUGGCUUGAUGAACGGCUGAAGUUCAAUGACUUUGGUGGAAGACUGAAAUACCUCACGCUCACAGAAGCAAAUCGGGUCUGGAUGCCCGAUUUGUUUUUCUCAAAUGAGAAGGAAGGACACUUCCACAACAUUAUCAUGCCAAACGUUUAUAUACGUAUCUUCCCUUACGGAUCAGUAUUGUAUAGUAUCAGAAUCUCGCUCACUCUAUCAUGUCCAAUGAAUUUAAAACUAUAUCCAUUGGAUCGACAAAUUUGUUCCUUACGGAUGGCCAGCUACGGCUGGACGACAGACGAUCUUGUAUUUCUUUGGAAAGAAGGUGAUCCAGUACAAGUAGUGAAAAAUUUACAUUUACCUAGGUUUACACUGGAAAAAUUUCUAACUGAUUAUUGUAAUAGUAAGACAAAUACAGGUGAAUACAGCUGUUUAAAAGUAGAUUUGCUCUUCAAAAGAGAAUUCAGUUACUACUUAAUACAGAUUUACAUACCCUGCUGUAUGCUAGUAAUAGUAUCAUGGGUAUCGUUCUGGUUGGACCAAGGGGCUGUUCCUGCUCGUGUAUCACUAGGUGUUACAACCCUUCUCACAAUGGCGACCCAAACAUCCGGAAUAAAUGCGUCACUGCCUCCAGUAUCAUACACAAAGGCGAUUGACGUUUGGACAGGUGUAUGUCUGACAUUCGUGUUUGGCGCCCUGUUGGAGUUUGCGCUAGUGAAUUACGCUUCUAGAUCGGACAUGCACAGGGAAAAUAUGAAGAAACAGAGGAGGCAAUGCGAGCUUGAACAUGCCGCUUCUUUGGACGCCACGUCUGACCUCAUUGAUACAGAAAGCAAUGCCACUUUUGCUAUGAAGCCAUUGGUGAGGCAUCCAGGUGAUCCGUUGGGCAUGGAAAAAGUGCGUCAAUGUGAGAUUCACAUGCAACCUGCCAGACCAAACUGCUGUCGGUCUUGGCUGUCAAAAUUCCCCACAAGAUCAAAAAGGAUCGAUGUCAUUUCCCGAAUUACAUUUCCAUUAGUGUUCGCGUUAUUUAAUGUCAUUUACUGGUCAACUUAUCUAUUUCGUGAGGAAGCUGAAGAAUCUUAAAUCCAUAAAAUAUUUUACUCAUCAUUGUGAAGGAUAAACAUGUUUUGCCUAGCUGUGCUUUCCCUAACAUCUGCUUCAUUGGGUACUGUUUGGCUUUGGGAAACAUGGACGUAGAACUAUUCUCUUUCUAUUGAAAGCCAAACUAUCCAGUUUCCAAAAUAAUCAUCUAGAUUAAAUUUUAUAGUUAGGAACUGCAUGGUGAGACUUUAGUGCCAUCAUAAUGUUCCUAAACACAAACUGACAAGAUAUAUUUGAAGUUGGUCAAAUGCAUCUUUAGUGAAUUUGAAAAUAUCGAUUUUGAAAAAUGUUACCGGUUUCCAAGACUAUUUGGCCAAUUUCAUGUGAAUUUCCCGCAAGGUUAGACGAAAGAGAUGCUAUUUUGAAUUCGAAGAAGAGGCAAGACGUCGAUCACGUGUUUCUGAGGUUUGGGAGAGAACGCAAAUACUGAAAAAUUAUAAAUAAAAAAUGUCUCGAAGCUUCACAAAAUUUGUUAUAGUGAAUCUCUAAGCUUACUGUAAUAUCUGAAUAUUUGUAUCAUUGUCAUUUAAUAAAACUAG